CCUGAACCCUCAGUCGGCUUCGAGUCGAAGAAGCCUUUAUUGCACAACCGCAAUUCUUCGUCCUCCUCUUCCUCUAGCAAUCUGCGGAGCUGCACGCGACGGUUAGUUUUUCUGCUAGCAAUAUCGCCUCUGUAUUUCAUUCUAAUUUAUAACAGAAAUUCCGAUCAUAGUGGAUUGGCUACUUAUGUUGAGAGGGUACGAAUAGGGCCGUCUAAUUAGGUUUGUGUGGUAUUGCGAGCUGCAGUUCCUUUGUCUGUGUUGGCGGGACACUGUGUAUAUAGAGGCUGAUUUGGUUGUGGGUGCAUGUUUGCUUCUGGAUGGUGAAUGUGGCAGUCUGUUAAUGAGAUUCUGAUUGGUUUAGAUUGCAUUGGCUGGUCUAGUUUCUGAGUGACAGGAGCUACUGUGGCUAUGGUGGGGUGGAGGUGUUUGUGUUUUGGUCAUUUUUUAUGAUUUUUGUGAUUUUGAUUAAGAAAGGGAUUGGUAGAGUUCUGUUUCUGGUUUGGGAAAGCAUUUUUGGUAAAAUGAAUCUCUUUGUGUAUUGGGUUAUGGUUUUUGAGGUACUUUCUUGAAUGCACAACUUCGGCCAGUGAUGGCUUGGGGUUGCAGAUGACAUUUCUAUUCUCAAAGAGCCUUCUUUCAAGGUUUCGAGCCUCCACGAUUGCCAUUGCCCAUUUUCAUGCUCAAGCCUUCGGAGGAUCUCGCUCUUUUGGUGAUUCUUGGUUCGUUAAAGUUGUGUGCACUCUCAUUGUUCAUCUGCAUCCUCUGGAUAGCUGUUUGGAUUACUUGAGUAAGAACUUGUCUCCUUCUAUUGCAUUUGAGGUUAUAAAGCAGCUAAACAAUCCCAAAGCGGGUUUAGAAUUCUUGGAGUUAACCAGAGACAAAUUGAAUCUCAACCAUUUGUCUGGGACUUACAAUUUGCUAAUGAAGUCCCUGUGUCAUAUGGGUCUCCACGAUUCAGCAAAAGUUGUUUUUGAUUACAUGAGGGGUGAUGGGCAUAUGCCCGAAAGUUAUAUUGUAGGAUUUUUGGUGUCAUCAUGUGUGCAAGCUGGCAAUUUUGAUACUGCUAAGGUUUUUCUUGCUGAGGUUCAGCAUGAUAAUGUUGGUAUUGGUUCAUUUGAGUUUAACAACUUGUUGAGUAUGUUGGUUAAGAGGAAUCAAGUUAGUGAGGCAGUUUGGUUGUUUAAAGAAUAUUUGAGAUUGCAAUUUCGUCCAGAUACUUGUACUUUCAAUAUAUUAAUCGGAGGUCUGUGCAAAGUUGGCAAAGUUGAUAAUGCUUUUGAAUUUUACAAUGAUAUGGAGAGUUUUGGUUUUUCUCCUGAUAUUGUUACGUAUAACUCACUUAUUAAAGGACUGUGUAGAAAGGAUAAGGUAGAUAGAGGACAUGACUUACUGAAGGAAGUUCAAUUGAGAAAUGGUAUUUCACCAGAUGUCAAGACCUAUACGUCAGUCAUUCAAGGUUACUGUAAUUCGCAUAAGAUGGAAGAGGCCUCGCUUCUUUUUGAUGAGAUGAUAAGAAGUGGAGUUAGGCCCAAUGAAAUAACUUUUAAUGUACUUGUUGAUGGAUUUGGUAAGAUUGGGGACAUGCUUUCCGCAGAAUCUACAUAUGAGAAUAUGCGCUUUUUUGGGUCAAUUCCUGAUGUUUAUACCUUCACUUCCUUGAUCGAUGGUUAUUGUCGAAAUGGACAGGUGAACCAGGGUUUGAAGCUGUGGGAUAUGAUGAAUGCAAAAAAAAUUUCGCCAAGUCUUCAUACCUAUGAUAUACUUAUUAAAGCACUGUGCAAGGAGAAUAGACUACAUGAGGCUCGUGAUUUUUUGAGGCAGUUAAAGGUUAGGGAUAUUGUUCCAAAACCUUUUGUUUACAACCCCGUAAUUGAUGGGUUUUGCAAGGCUGGCAAUGUAGAUGAGGCAAAUAUGAUUGUCGCGGAGAUGGAGGAGAAGAGAUGCAACCCAGAUAAGUUCACGUUUACCAUUCUUAUUAUUGGGCACUGUAUGAAAGGUAGAAUGUUUGAUGCUAUUAGCAUUUUUAAGAAGAUGUCGGCAGUUGGUUGUGCCCCAGAUAAGAUUAUCGUGAGUUCUCUGGUGUCUUUCCUUUUGAAGGCUGGAAUGCCUGAUGAAGCCUCUCGCAUUGUACAAACGGCAUCAGUGGACCUAAAUUUGUGUUUUUCCUCUUUGAAAAGAACUAUUCCUUUGGGGACAAAUGCUAAUAUCCCAGUGGCAGCUUAAAUGAAGGAAACACAUCCAGAUUUGACUUUGUGGGUCCAUUUGUUGAACAGAGAGCAUCCGCCGUCGUUGGCUUUCAUGGGUGAUUUUUGAAUUCCGGUUGCAGUAGGUGACUACAGGAAACACUUCCAACGCAUCCUGUUAGGGAGACGCCAGAAGAGUACCAUCAACAGAUGAGGAUUGGACCAUGAAAAAGUGGUGAAAAUCUGGCCGCUUUCAAAGUUUCGUAGAUGUUGCUCUGUUGGGGUUGCUCAAAAUCCUAGAAGAAGACAGCCGAGCAACUGGCUGCCAGUAAUGCACUAGCUGCUUAAUAAAAGGAAGAAAUAGCUGAGGCUAAAUGGAAGGAUGAUGAUAAGUAAGAAUGUGAAGAAGGAGAAGAAGAAUAUCAACUGAAUCAUUACAGACAAAUUUGGAAUGAUAUAUCUACUUCUAUAUAAAUUGACAUGUGCUAUGCUUUAUUGGAGAGGAAGUUGUUCUUGAUGAUUCUGCUGAUAGUCAUAUCAUAUGAUGACCUUGAAAACAACUUUGUGUUUAUUCGCCCUGGAAAAUUAGCUCUAAGAGCGAGAAAUAACGAGGAUGUAAGUGAUCAAUGUGAACUCAUGUAGUCGAUCCCAAAUUUUUGGGAUAAAGGCUUGGUUGAUGAUGAUGAAUUGAUCAAUGUACUAAAACCCGGAG